AUUUUAUAUAAAUCACAAUGGGACAAGAAUGCUAAAAAUGCUAAAUGAGCUAAGAAGUUUAAUAAAGUGAAAUAAAUAAAAAGGAAGAAAUUAGUUCUGAUUUUGAUUCUGAUUCUGAUCCAGAAAUAGAAGAAUAAGAUGAAAAACAGCCCUGUACUUAUAAAGAUUAUUUUAAGAAAAACCACCUUCAAUGGAUAGUAAGUCCAAUUCUUCAACAUUUAUAAAGGAGUAAUAUAUUUCUACAGAAUCAAAGCAAGAUUAAAUUUAAAGUUUUUAGAAUCAAAUAAAAUUUGAAGAUGGUGGAAUUUAUUCAGGAGUAAUAAUAAAUAAUAUGGCAAAUGGUUAUGGUAAAUUAGAAAUGCCAAAUGGUGAUAUAUAUGAAGGAAAUUUUAUAAAUAAUUAUUUAGAAGGAGAUGGAAAAUGUAUUUAUGCAAAGGGACCAAUAUACACAGGACAAUUUAAAUAAGGUAAAUCAAAUGGAAUAGGAAAAGAAGUAUGGCCAGAUGGUUCUGUUUAUGAAGGAGAUUUUAGAAAUGGUAAAAAGAAUGGUAAAGGAUUAUAUAAAUGGAGUUAAUAGAGUACUUAUAAUGGAGAAUGGAUGGAUAAUAUGAUUAAUGGUGUUGGAAAAUAUGAAUGGCCAGAUGGUAGGGUAAUUUAUUUAUUAUUUAGAACAUAGUCUUAUUAUGGUUAAUGGCUUAGAAAUUAAAUGCAUGGUAGAGGAUUCUAUAAAUGGAUUGAUGGAAAAUAUUAUGAUGGGGAAUAUGAAAAUGAUAAAAAGUCUGGAUUUGGUAUAUUUAAUUGGCCUGAUGGAAAAUAAUAUUAAGGAUAUUGGCUUGAUGGAAAAUAACAUGGCAAAGGACUUAUGAUUAACAAAGAAGGAAAAAAAAAAUUUGGAGAAUGGCAAAAUGGUAAAUUAAUUAGUUGCUCUGAUGAAUCUAAUUUAUAACUUAUUCCAGAUGGUUGGUAUCUCAACACUUUUAAUUAAUGA